UGCUGGGUGGAAGCAGGUUGUCUAAUUCUCUUCUGACUUUAAUCCCCAUUUCUCCAAGAUCUGAUUUGGCUUUAAUUCCCAUUUCUCCAAGAUGAUCCCGCCCCCCUGUGUGACUUCAGGAGCGUGACGCGUGUGCCGGAGUCGGUGUCGCCCCGCGGCCGAGAUGGUGGCAUUCAACUGGAAGGCUCUGGAGAAUUUCCCAUUGCUGAUGUACAUUUUGGCAGCUAAAACACUGAUCCUUUGCUUGGCAUUUGCUGGGGUGAAAAUGUACCAGAGCAAAAAACUUGAGGAAAAACUGAAGAGGGAACGGGAAGAGAAGCUGAAAAGAGAAGCAGAGAAGAAGGAGGAUUGAAGAGUCCCUCAGCUCGAACAAGAAAAUCUGCUGACACUGGGGGGAGACAGCAGCUCAGAAUUCCUGCAGCUCGGAAUUCCUGCAGCUCAGAAUUCCUGCAGCUCGGAAUUCCUGCAGCUCAGAAUUCCUGCAGCUCCUCAUUCCCGGACAGGCCCCUCGGACUCGGAAGGAAUCCCAGGAUCCCUGAGGUUGGAAAAGCCCUCCCGGCCCGCGGAGUCCAAGCCGUGCCCGGUGCCCACCCUGUCACCCAGCCCAGGGCACCGAGUGCCAGGGCCAGCCCUGCCCUGGACACAGAAGGCUUGGAAAAUGAGUUUGGCACGUUUAAAACGGGAAGAGGGAAUUCAGUUUAGUCUCUGUGGGUGAGAGGAGGCAGCAGGAACGGAGAGCCUUGGAUCAGAACCCCAGAACCAUCAAGGCUGGAAUAUCCCAUCCCACCCUCACCCAGCACCACCAGGAUCACCCCUAAUCCAAUGUCCCCGAGGGCCACAGGGCAGCUUGACCUACACAGGACCCUCUUGGAGAUAUUCCCAUCCCAGGUCACACCCUGCUCCCACAGACCUCCUCCCCUCUUCCAGAAAAUUCCUCUUUUCCAAAGGAAUGUUCAGGCUCCCUUGUCUUUCCCUGUCAAAUAUUGUCGCUGUCCCCAGUGCCAACUGUUGAAGUCAGAAAAUCAAAGGAUUACUUUUCUUCACUGAAGGCUGUGUGGUCUUAACCAAAACUGAAAUCCUUGGGGAGUAUCAAAGAAAGGAGCUGUUGGGAUUUAAGGGGAAAAAAUUAAGCUCUCACAGGUUCUGGGAUGACUCAGGUGGCUGCUGGAAUGGGGCCCUUCCAGCCUGAGGGAGCUCAGAGGUCCUUAAAGUGAAAAUAAGAAGGAUUCAGCAGGACUGUUCCCUCCUUAGGCUUUGGCUGAACUGAACUCAGCUUAAUUUUGAAGCUUUUAGUCUGAGGCUUUGGCCACAAACACGAGAGCACAGGGGCUGGAGGGAGGCCCAGCUCCCUGAGAGCAUCCCAGGGCAGCUCCUCCAGGAGCCUCCCGGGCAAACAGCCAUUCCCAACCUUUCCUUCCUGGCUUUUCCUCUCGGGAAUCAGCCAUUCCACCCGGCUUUUCCUGCCCUUCUCAGCAAAUGUUGUGUCUGGGGGAGGGUCCUUGGUGUUCUCCAGCUCAAGGCUGGGCAGAGUUGCUUCUGAGGAGGCUUUAAUUGGUGUGGCCCCUCAUUAGAGCCAAUGGGACACAACUCAGAGUUCGUAUUUGUUAAUUAUGUCUUGACCUCAGCACUCAAGGCCACUGAGGGGCUGAGUUUGCUGCCCUGGGCCAGUCCUGUGUCUGAGCAUGGAAUCCUGGAAUACCCUGAGCUGGAAGGACCCACCAGGAUCAUCCAGUCCAAGCCCUGGCCCUGCCCAGGACACCCCAACAAUCCCCCUGUCCCUGAGGGCGUUUUCCAAACGCUCCUUUAGCACAAAUCCAAUCCCAGUCCAGCUCUGGCUCCUGAACCUGGUUGGUCUUGGCUGCAGGAGCAAGUCCAGCCCAUCAGCUCAGCUCAGCUGGGCCUUGCCUGGCAGAUGUGGGGACCAGUCUGGGGGACAAACACAGCCCCAGCUGGCCCUUCCCCAGAAUUCCUGGUGGCUUCCAGGAGUUAUCCCCACAGCCAUGGCCUGCUCAUACCUUCCUGCAGAUAGAGACUUUGAGCAGAGCUGAAUAAUCAGGGAUGUAUCCACGUGUUUCUCCAUGUGGAUCCAUUUCUCCUGCUUAGGAUCUGCUGAGGGAGCUGCUGGAAAUGUCCCCUGUGUACAAACCUCCCAUGGGGCUGUUCCCAGUGCAUCCCAAGGCUCUCCAGUGGCUGCACAGAGUGGAGGAUGGAUGUGGAUGCUUCCUAUUGAUGACUAAAACCACAGAUGGGUGAAUAUCCCUUUUUAUCACUCUUUUAUUCCUGGAUUUCCUCAUCCUGGUUGGCUUUGAGCUCAGCCCUGUGGCCCUUUCCCAGUCCUGCAGCUCAUUUUAUUUACUGGGACUCAGAUCCCUCUGGCCUAAACUCAGAUCCCUCUGGCCUAAACUCAGAUCCCUCUGGCCUAAACUCAGACUCAAUUCCUGGCUUGGUGCUUCUCCUUGAUCUGAGGAGGCUCAGGGCCAGCCCAGGAGAAAUGGCAAACAUGGAUAUUGAGUCACAGAAAUGAGUCUGGGCCUCGUGUUUGUGUCCUAAACCAGGGCUGGUUUUGCAUUUCUCCCCCAUGUUCCUCCUGCUUCCCAUCCCUCUCUCUCCGCUCCCCAUGGAAGGAGGGAAUGUCAAGGCCCAAGUCCCAGAGACACAGGCUGGGCUUUGAGGGAUCCCUGCUGGCUUUCCACCCUUCUGCCAGUUCCCAGGGAUGGCCCAAAGUGGGAUUUACUCCUGCUGCUCACUCACAAAAGCUCUCAUCCCAGAAUCCCAGAGUCAGCAGGGUUGGAAGAGCCCUUCAGGAUCAUCCAGUGCCACCAUCAUCCCCCUAAACCACGUCCCCAAGUGCAUUUGUCCCAUCCAUCCUCUCAGGUGCAGGGCAGGACUGUCAGAACUGAGGACUUGAAAAUGGGGAAAAAACCCAUGUUGAACCAGUCCCAGCCCUAUUUCAAGGGCUGGAGGAAAAAUAAAUUGGUGUUUUUUCCGUGAAAAUGAGCCUUGGAAAAGCAUUUGGAAGUAAUUAGUCAGUGAGACAUGAU